AUGGAGUCUACUCAGACAUAUCUUUUCUUCUCGCCUAGCUCGGUUCUGGUGGCCUUGGUGACACUCGCCUUUUUAAUUCACCGAGCAUGGCCGCGAUUUGUCCAACCGGGCCAGUCCGAUAAGCUGCCGCAGUCUACCUCAAAUCCAACCAUUGAUUCGGAUCUGGCUGUGUCAAAGGAGCCGGAACUCCCAGAGGGAUGGUGGUCAAGUCGGGACGUUUUUGAGCUUGAGCGUCGUGGGCUUUUCAGUCAAACGUGGAUAUACCUCGCACACACUGCCCAGUUCAACAAACCUGGCGCAUAUCAAUCCUUCGACCUUGCCGGGUUUCCAGUUUUCUUGAUCCGCGGAAAAGACGACAAGAUCCGUGCUUUCCAUAAUGUCUGUCGCCAUCGUGCUUAUACGAUUACCAGAAAAGAGACUGGUGCGUCGACUGUCUUGGGCUGUCGAUAUCAUGGGUGGAGCUACGACACCACUGGCCGGUUGGUCAAAGCACCCCAAUUUGACGAUGUGCCUGGGUUCGACAAGUCGCAGAACAGUCUUUUUGAAGUUCACACACAUACCACUGAUCAUGGCAUGGUGCUUGUGAACCUAAAAGCAGAGGACCGAACAGAACUAAGCGAGGAGCAAUUAUCAUCUUUGAAUAAUUUCGCUCGCAAAUCUGCUCCACGCAAAAGCUUGUCUUGGGUUGCUGGUCGGACAGUGCCCGGUGACUUUAAUUGGAAAAUGGCUACAAAACCCUCGUAUCUUGAUUUCUUUACCCGAGAGUUGGAGAGCCAGGCACCCCGGAUCUUUGGUCCUUCUCCUAUUAUGAAAGUGAUUAGACGGAUCAUGGGAAGUAACCCCGUCGAUGAUAGCUCCUUAUUCCCAGCCACCUUCUUCUAUCACUUUGUCGAUACUGAACUAUGGUUUGCUUUGUCCUUCCUGCCGGCCACGGAGACGAAGACGCAAAUUCGAUAUGACAUCUUCUCUCGAUCUCCUGUGAGCGAGAUCGCAGCUGAGACCAUAUCCAAAACGUUUGAGAAUGUAUCAAAUAGUCUCAUUCGCCAAAUCGAACAGCAGUAUCGACAAGUUUGCAAGGCACAAAGCAUACCCAUCGAGUUCAUCGGGCAGAACACUCAUCAAAUUUUGCGUCGGGUGCAAGAUCACAGAAAGUUGGAGAGAUUACAGGGUGCCCAGGUCAUUCCAGCUAUGCAAAAGCCAAAAGGAAGCAAUCUUUUCCAACAGGCCGAAAAGCUUUGUAAAGAGCUAGACUGCGUGAGCGGCGGAGCACAGAGUGGCACUUCUCCUGGUGUUCUCGACUGGUGA